CACGGGAAAUGAAGUCCGGCCGAACUAAAAAGAAGUGUGGAGGGGAAAAGAAGCAUUAGAGCCACAGACCUCUCCGGUAACCUCCAGUAUCCGGCUGGAGCCAACAUCAGCUCAUCGCGACCCGUGUAGCAACCGUCUGAUAGGUCGUUUAUCGCAGGGGAGGAAGACACGGAGCAGGUGCCGGUGGUGGGGGCGGCCCGGCGCGCUGACGCGGUGAUGGAGGCUGUCGGUGCCCGGCGGCCACUCCGCUGAUCCCCGGCCGGCCGGCGAAGAUGUCCGUCUCUGGGAUGAAGAAGCAGCUCCACAAGGCCAGCCAGCUGCUGAAUGAGAGGCUGAUGGGAGCUGAAGGAACCAAGAUGGACGAAGACUUCCUGAGGAUGGAGAAGAGUGUUGCAGUGAUCCACGCUCUGCUGGCUGAGCUUCUGUCCAAAACCACAGAGUUCCUCCAGCCAAACCCAGCAUACCGAGCCAAACUGAGCAUGCUCAACGGCAUGUCCAGGAUUCGAGGACAGGGGAGGUCAACAGGUUACCCGCAGACAGAGGGCACGCUGGGACACUGUAUGUUGCGGUACGGCCAGGAGCUGGGAGCUGCUUCUGAAUUCGGUGGAGCUCUGGCUGGCGCGGGUGACGCUCUGCAGCGGGUUGCCCAGGCCAGGGACGCCCUGGAUGUCAAGGUCAAACGCACCUUCAUCGACCCCCUGCAGGACCUCCAUAACACAGAGCUGAAGGAGAUCAGGUACCAGCUGAAGAAGCUGAACGGUCGUCGGCUGGACUUUGACUACAAGAAGAGACGAAAGGGGAAAGUAGCCGUGGACGAGGUCCGACAGGCCUGGGACAAGUUUUUCACCUCCAGAGAGCUGGCAGAGAGGAGCAUGUUCAUCCUGCUGCAGAACGAUGUGGAUCGGCUCCGUCGUCUGGCGGCUUUGGUCGCAGCGCUGCUCGACUUCCACCGCGACGCCCACCGCAUCCUGCUGGGUCUCCAUGGCAACCUGCGGGAUAGGCUGACCGCUGCCAGCGAAAAACCGAGGCGACGGUUCAGCACCAAAAAGACCCGAGCGGGGAGUGAACAGGGCGGCAGCAUCGGGUUCUACCACCAGCCGUCAGUCACACCUGUAGUCUCCUCAGGAGAGCAGUUCACAGCGCCACCGUCCAGACCCGGCAGUGCCAUCCCCUGUCACGCCGACAGUAAGCUGGUCCCGGAUCGGCCCUGUUGCCGGGCGAUGUACUCCUUCCACCCGGACCACGAGGGCGAGCUGGACUUCAGCGAGGGCGACGUCAUCGUCCUCACCUGUCAGGUCGACGCCAACUGGUACGAGGGCACGCUGGGCGGCCAAUCGGGGCUCUUCCCCGUCAGCUACGUGGAUGUGCUGGUGCCACUGCCGCUACCAUGACAACGUGUCAAACAUCCACGGACUCCACGCUGAACUCAGAAAUCAGACAUUAGAUGCUGACAGAUAAUAUGCAACUUUUCGGCUUAUUGUUUGCACUUUUUCACAGGGGAGUCAGUCUGUAAUAAAGGACGGACGGAAGGCCAUAGUUUCUACUGUAGAGCACUUUAGUUCCUGACCUCGUGUUAUACUUUAAAGCACCAGCCACCACAGGGAGGCUCAGUCAGUAAAUACGACAUUUUCACGCCUCAGCGUGUUUUCCCUUUAAGACUUUUAGCCACAUUUACCGCACAAACCAACAGCUCUGGUCUAUCACAUCACGGCACAUUUCUACCAGAGUCCCGCAGACUUAGACACACUGACAAAAUGCAGCCACACCAGACUGACACGGUCUGCAGACUGCUGCGAAUAGAGCGCCGUCCGGGUAAGUCUACUGUACCGUCUAGUUCCAUGAUAAGUAGAAAUAAACAAUAGUGCUAAGGAGGUUCAUUUACGUCCGAUGUUGACGGUGUGGUGGGUGGUGGUGUGCACUGUGCAUGUACUAUGCGCAAAGUUAUUGGAACUUGUGGGCACUUACUCUGAGGCUCUAUGAGACUCAGGUCAGGAAACUCAAGCGUAAAAACCACAAUUUGCUGAAGUAGUCUGGCUCGUAAUUGUUCCCUCUGGACAGAGCGACACAUUAAGUAGAGUCAAACUUUAACGUCCCCAAAGGGGGAAAUCGGCUCAGCAGUCAAUAAUAGUAAAUACAAAGAGAGUACAACGAUGAAUGAAAACCAUCAGUACAACACAUGCGCAAAUAAAUACAAGUACACAGGGUAAUGGCAGCAUCGGCACCUGUCACCGAAACCAUCAGAGAAAAGCAGCAAGAAGAAACCAGAGACAGGCCAAAUCAGAUUUCAGUAUCAACGCAUUUGAGACAAGUCAGAUACGUAAAUCAACAUCCGGUCGCAGUUACGUUUCCUCUAAAACGGAUUUCUCCUUUAUACAAAUGAGUUGUAUAUAAAGGUAAUUUCUGGGAGACAAGGUUGUUUAUGUGACGUGAGAGUGGUAUCGAUGUGAACAUCUGACUCUCUGCAAGAAAGAGGAGGAUUUUCCCGAGAUGUCAAACUGCUCCUUUAAAGCACAGUGCGACGGAGCCGGCUGUAACUCGCAGUACAGACACCAGCUCUUGUGCACAGUGCACCACUUUACCACCACCACUCUACUGUAUAUACAGCCUGAGACAGCAAUCACAAGUCUUUCCAUAAAUGUUGGACUGCUCCUUUAAUAGAAAGCUAGUUUAAAAUCUAGUCUGAAGUGCUGUAGUUACUAUAAGAAUAAAAUACACUGCAGUAGUUGAUAGGUAGACUGCUGUAGCUGACAUUAAAACAGCUACCAUGGUGGAUCCUAUGGUUUUCAAUGAUAAAUAAAUCAAGUCACAUGAAUGUAAUGAAAUAAUAGAGGUGUGUGUGUGUAUGUGUGUGUGUGUGUGUUUGUGUGUGUGAACAUUGUUUCAGCACUGACCAAAAACCUUCAGGUGAAAAUGAUGUUUUUGUCAUUUUGUUUGAAGUAUUAAUGGAAAUCCAUUCAUGCUCUUUAAUGGAAAUGAACUGAUUUCGCUUCAAAAUCCAAGCAAAGGCAGGAAGCUGAAAGAACCCAGAUGUCCAGUGUUAGAUGGUCUGUUGAUCUGCACCUCGGUCUCUGCAGGGUCGAACCGGUGUUAUGAGUCUGACUGAAUGUACCGAAGCCUGUUAUUCCUCCGAGCACAGAGAUAUUUGUUGUACAGAGACAAGAGUCACUCGCGAUGUAUUUCUGCCGUCAUUUCUCUGAUCAAUAAAGGCUUUCAUG